AUGGUGAUGAGGGAUUCUCUAAGUGUAAGAAAGUGCUUGCAUUGUGGGCUCAAUGUUCACAACUCCAGCGGUAUUGCCACUGGCAAAUGUGUCAAGCUUUUUGCUGUGUGUUUGCGAAACAACGGGGAUGAUCAUGAUCAGGAUGCUAUGAAGAAUCGCGUUAGCAUGGAAAAUCCAUGCUACGAAAAGGUCGAGAGCAAAGAUGGCGAAGAAGAUGAUGCUAAGGAUCUCGCUAAUGGCAUUAAUCAACGGAGACGAUGGACUGAAGAAGAGCAUAAACUAUUUCUAAUUGGGUUGAAGAAGCUUGGAAGAGGUGAUUGGAAAGGAGUUUCAAGCAAUUUUGUAAUCACUAGGUCCCCCGCUCAAGUUGCUAGUCAUGCUCAGAAACAUUUUAUGCGACAACUUGAAGUAGCUCCAAAUGAUUCCCCAAUUUCACAUACAGAGAAAAGUGAUACUGAAAAGGCAGUAAAGGCUACUACAGCAUAUCAGCAUAAUGAGAAUCGAUUUCCACACAUCGCCAUGGGUAUUCCACCACUUGCUCAAAUGCCGCCCCCAGUAUUUGGUGAUCCAAAUUGUUGUAGGAUUCCUUCCACGGUGAAUUCUGCCAAUCAAAGUUAUUCAUCCCGGUUACCUGGAAGAACCUUGCUGAAUUAUGGUACUUGUGCUCCUGAUCUUAUUGAACCAUCCAAAUAUCCAAUAUUCCAUCACCACAGGCGUUCCUCGCACACAGUGAUCAUUCUCGAUUAG